AUGGCAUCCCUCAAGCAAUUCAUCCGGAAUGUUCGAUCGGCCAAGACAAUUGCAGAUGAGCGGGCUGUUAUCCAAAAAGAAAGUGCCGCCAUCCGCGCGUCGUUCAGGGAAGAGAGCCACGAUUCAGGCAUCCGGAGAAACAAUGUAGCCAAGCUGCUCUAUCUAUUCACCCUCGGCGAGCGUACACAUUUCGGUCAAAUCGAAUGUCUGAAAUUAUUAGCCUCGCAUCGGUUUGCCGAUAAGCGGUUGGGUUAUCUAGGCACGAUGUUGCUGCUGGACGAGAACCAAGAAGUGUUGACACUGGUGACAAACUCGCUCAAGAAUGACCUCAACCACUCCAACCAAUAUAUCGUCGGCCUUUCCCUUUGCACUCUCGGCAAUAUUGCGUCCGUAGAGAUGGCUCGAGACUUGUUUGCCGAAGUUGAAACCCUCCUUUCCACCGCCAAUCCUUAUAUUCGGAGAAAAGCAGCAUUGUGUGCUAUGCGCAUCUGUCGCAAGGUCCCCGACUUGCAGGAGCACUUCCUAGAAAAAGCGAAGAAUCUGUUGUCGGAUAGGAACCACGGUGUUCUUCUAUGCGGUCUCACUUUCGUAAUUGAUAUGUGUGAAGCGGAAGAGGCCGAGGAAGGUCAAGAGGGAGUAAUUGAGAUGUUCCGACCCCUUGCUCCGGGUCUUGUACGUGCUCUGAAAGGAUUAACCACUUCCGGCUAUGCUCCUGAGCAUGAUGUGUCCGGUAUAACCGACCCAUUCGUGCAAGUGAAGAUCCUUCGUCUGCUCAGAGCCCUGGCGCACGGUGAUACCGCUACGAGUGAGUUGAUCAAUGAUAUCCUCGCCCAAGUCGCGACCAACACCGACUCCUCAAAGAAUGUGGGGAACUCGAUUCUGUACGAGGCGGUCUUGACUAUUCUCGACAUCGAAGCAGACUCAGGUUUGAGAGUGCUGGGUGUCAAUAUUCUUGGAAAGUUCCUUACAAACAAGGACAACAACAUUCGCUACGUCGCCCUGAACACACUUAACAAGGUUGUUGCAAUUGAGCCGAACGCGGUACAGAGGCAUCGUAACACUAUUCUGGAGUGUCUCCGUGAUCCGGACAUUAGCAUUAGGAGACGAGCUCUCGAUCUGAGCUUUAUGCUGAUCAACGAAAGCAAUGUCCGGGUCCUGGUGCGGGAGCUGCUAGCCUUCUUGGAAGUUGCCGACAACGAAUUUAAACCUGUAAUGACGACUCAGAUCGGCAUUGCUGCGGACCGAUAUGCCCCCAACAAGCGCUGGCACGCCGAUACGAUACUGCGAGUUCUUAAGCUGGCCGGUGCCUAUGUUAAGGAGCAAAUCUUGUCGUCCUUCGUGCGCCUCAUUGCGACCACUCCAGAAUUGCAGACUUACUCAGUGCAAAAACUAUACCUGUCAUUGAAGGAAGAUAUUUCACAAGAAGGCCUUACGCUCGCCGCCACUUGGCUUAUUGGUGAAUAUGGCGACAACCUGCUUCGCGGCGGCCAAUAUGAAGAAGAAGAGCUUGUUAAGGAAAUUAAAGAAAGCGACAUUGUUGACCUCUUCGAUAACAUCCUCAACAGCACAUACGCAACUCAAACUGUGAUCGAAUACAUCACCACAGCCUCUAUGAAGCUUACUGUGCGUAUGUCUGAUGCGGCACAGAUUGAACGCCUCCGACGGUCAUUGAGCGGCCGCACCGCAGAUUUGAGCGUCGAAAUUCAACAGCGCGCUGUUGAAUAUGAGAACCUGUUUGGUUAUGACCAGAUCCGCCGGGGUGUCUUGGAGCGAAUGCCUCCGCCCGAAAUCCGUGAAGAAACACGAGUCUUGGGCCCAACGACCAAAAAACGACAGAGCAAGCUGCUCAAAGACAAGUCAAGAAAACCCGCAAAGCCGGCCGAGCAGGACAUGCUUCUUGACCUCAUGGGUGGCUCCGAUGUUCCCGUAACCAGCCCUACCACGAACGGAUCUCAGAAUACUGCCGACUUACUUGCAGAUAUCCUGGGAGGUGAUUCCGGUCUUUCGUCUCCUGCUCCCCAACCCGCUCAACAGCAGCCUGUUUCCAACACUGCUGCGAUAAUGGAUUUGUUCGGCUCAAAUGGAGGCACGCCGUCUCCUCAACCGGCUGCUCCGGCCUCGGCAUCUCUCGAUCUCCUCGGAGGCGCUGGUGCCCCAGUCUCAACUCCUUCUCCUUCGGCGCCCGCUGCCUAUACGGUAUUCAACAAGAACGAUUUAGUGCUUUCUCUGCAGGUCCAGCGAGGCAACAACACAGCCCAGAUCCACGCUCGGUUCCGAAACGAAUCAAGCUUCAGCCAGUUCAGCAGCGUUGGUCUCCAGGCUGCUGUGCCCAAGAGCCAGCGCCUGCAACUCAGCGCCAUCAACAAAGCCGAACUUGACUCCGGAGACGAAGGUGUUCAAAUGUUGAAAGUAACAGCAGUCACCGGGUCCCUUCCACCCAAGCUCCGCCUUCGUCUCCGCGUGACUUACGCAAAGGACGGGUCUGAACCCACAACCGACCAAGUCGACUGGUCCGAAUCGUAA